CGGACUCGGAGUCCACAGCUCUUUGUCAUGACUCAUGAGGCGUGGCCUACCCGUCUGUCUUAUCUUUGCCGGAGGGCUCUUUCAUUUUCUUUUGGUCUCCAAAUCGAUCGGAGCGGCGGCCGGAGACAUGAGCUGCCCUGGGGAGACCUCUCCAAGGGAGCAGUGCAGGGACAGCCAUGGCGUCUUCGACCUGAAGUUGGCAGCCAUCACGGUCAUCUUCAUCACCAGUGUCAUCGGCAUCUCCUCCCCUGUUCUCCUCGCCCGCCGCUUCAAUGGCAAGCCCACCUACUCCAAGAUCCUCCUCCUCAUCAAGUGCUUCGCCGCAGGCGUGAUCCUUUCCACUUCUCUGGUCCACGUGCUCCCCGACGCUUUCGACGCGCUUGCUGACUGCAGCGUCUCGACCCAUCAUCCAUGGAAGGAUUUCCCCUUUGCAGGUUUGGUCACCGUGAUUGGUGCCCUCAUCACCUUGCUGGUGGAUAUCAUGGCCACUGCGCAUUCUCACAGGCCAAGCAAUCAGUAUAUACCGCUCAAGGAGGAGACGCGGUCGCCGCCGCAGAAGCUUCCCGAGUUGGAAUUGGGCGGUUCUGUUGGUCCCUGCUGCCAUGAACAGCAGCAGCAUCAGCAGCAUCAGCAGGCCGAUGAGUUCACCCAGCUGAAACAGAGGUUGGUAUCUCAGGUGUUGGAAAUUGGUAUAAUUUUUCAUUCUGUUAUUAUUGGUGUGACCAUGGGGAUGUCCCAAAACCGGUGCACGAUCAAGCCUCUGGUGGCCGCUUUGGCUUUUCAUCAAAUUUUUGAAGGAAUGGGUCUCGGCGGCUGCAUCGCGCAGGCUGGCUUUGGAGUUGGGACAACUACUUACAUGUCUAUGUUGUUCUCUGUCACGACUCCAAUGGGAAUAGUGGUGGGGAUGAUCAUAUUCUGGUUGACAGGAUACGAUGAUAGUAGCCCCAAAGCUUUGAUUAUGGAAGGGCUCUUGGGGUCCUUUUCAUCCGGGAUUCUCAUCUAUAUGGCGUUGGUUGAUCUGGUAGCUGUUGAUUUCUUUCAUAACAAGAGCAUGUCAUCUACUCCUUGGAUGAGCAAGGCAGCUUACGUUGCUUUGGUGCUUGGCUCUGCCACUAUGUCUCUCUUGGCUCUGUGGGCAUGAACAAGAAAGUAGCAUAGAUCGGUAUUCUACCAUUGUCGACCCUUGAUAGGGCAUAUUCUUUCUCCUCUAAGUGUUCCUUUUUCUGUAUUCCUACUCUUGCUCUAGUGGCUCCCUUUUGAUGAAUUCGUAUGUUCGGAGAGUCGGUUGGAAGUAUUGAAGAGCAAAGGCGAGUAUAGAGAUUGUUCCACAAGCUAAAGAAUCCACAAACUGAGUUCUUUCCAACGCCGAAGGUUCUCACUUUACCUGCAUUAAAUCGUUUGUAAGAUAAGUAGUAGUAGUCAUGGAUAUGUUAUUGGACAAUGUCGGUAGUACCAGAGAAAUGAUGUUUUCUCCUUUUUUC